GCCCGCGGCCCUCGCGUCCCCCUCCCUCUCCGGCCUCUCCCUUUCGCCGGAAGGCGCCGUUGAGUGCGGCCGGGCGGGUUGAGUCAGCCCCGCGGCCCGGGCGGUUCCGCCAAUGGGGCUGGACAGCGAUUUCUGCUCUCGGGCCGCCCCGCCGCCUCGGCCCUCCGCACCCGACCACCUCGACGCCCGAGCUGGCGGGGCCGGGGCGCGCGUCCCACGGGACGCGGUGGGGGAGUGAGUUCGCAAACUUCCGGGGCGCGGGGGAGGCGGCCAGCGCGCGUGGGGGCCCCCUCCGGCGCUAGGGGCCCGACGCCUCGGGAGGGCGCCCGCGGAGCCUCCCGGGCCCUCUGCGGAGGGUGAGCCCAGGGGCGGUGAGAGGAGCUAGGACGCCGGCAACGCGAAUACAGUCAUGGCCACCCAGGUAAUGGGCCAGUCUUCUGGAGGAGGAGGGCUGUUCACGGGCAGUGGUAACAUUGGCAUGGCCUUGCCUAACGACAUGUAUGACUUGCAUGACCUCUCCAAAGCUGAAUUGGCUGCGCCUCAGCUUAUCAUGUUGGCAAAUGUGGCCUUAACUGGGGAAGUAAAUGGCAGCUGCUGUGAUUACCUGGUUGGUGAAGAAAGACAGAUGGCAGAAUUGAUGCCUGUCGGAGAUAACAAUUUUUCAGAUAGUGAUGGAGAAGGACUUGAUGAGUCUCCUGAAAUCAAAGGUGAACCCAGUGGAUUGGAAAAUAUGGAACUGGAAAGUUUGGAACUCAGUGUUGUAGAACCACAGCCUGUGUUUGAGGUAUCAGCUGCCCCAGAAAUUUACAGCUCAAAUAAAGAUCUUCCCCCUGAAACACCUGGAGCGGAGGACAAAUGCAAGAACUUGAAGAGCAAACCUUUUCGCUGUAAGCCAUGCCAGUAUGAAGCCGAAUCUGAAGAGCAGUUUGUGCAUCAUAUCAGAGUUCAUAGUGCCAAGAAAUUUUUCGUGGAAGAAAGUGCAGAGAAGCAAGCAAAAGCCAGAGAAUCUGGGUCUUCCACUGCAGAGGAGGGAGAUUUCUCCAAGGGCCCCAUUCGCUGUGACCGCUGUGGCUAUAAUACCAAUCGGUAUGAUCACUAUACUGCUCAUCUGAAACACCACACCAGAGCUGGGGAUAAUGAGCGAGUCUACAAGUGCAUCAUUUGCACGUAUACCACAGUAAGCGAAUAUCACUGGAGGAAACACUUAAGAAACCAUUUUCCAAGGAAAGUAUACACAUGUGGAAAAUGCAACUAUUUUUCAGAUAGAAAAAAUAAUUACGUUCAACAUGUUCGAACUCAUACAGGGGAACGCCCGUAUAAAUGUGAACUCUGUCCUUACUCAAGUUCUCAGAAGACUCAUCUAACUAGACACAUGCGUACUCAUUCAGGUGAGAAGCCAUUUAAAUGUGAUCAGUGCAGUUAUGUGGCCUCUAAUCAGCAUGAAGUAACCCGCCAUGCAAGACAGGUUCAUAAUGGGCCUAAACCUCUUAACUGUCCACAUUGUGACUACAAAACAGCAGAUAGAAGUAACUUCAAAAAACAUGUAGAGCUACACGUUAAUCCACGGCAGUUCAAUUGCCCUGCGUGCGACUAUGCGGCUUCCAAGAAGUGUAAUCUUCAGUAUCACUUCAAAUCCAAGCAUCCUACUUGUCCUAAUAAAACCAUGGAUGUCUCAAAAGUGAAACUAAAGAAAACCAAAAAACGAGAGGCUGACCUGCCUGAUAACAAUAUUACCAAUGAAAAGAAAGAAACAGAACAGACAAAAAUAAAGGGGGAUGUGGCUGGAAAGAAGAAUGAGAAGCCUGUAAAAAUGGAGAAAAAAGAUAAUGUUUCGAAAGAGAAAAAGUCUUUUAGUAAUGCUUCAACUCAAGUGACUACCAGAACACGCAAAUCAGCGAUGGAAACUAAAGAAAUGGAUGUGCAUACAGGAAAUAAUUCAGAAACAACCUGUAAAACCAAGAAAAGCAAAAGAAGGAUGGAAACUGAAGCCCAUUCCUUAAAAGAUACUAUUAAUGAUGAGGAACCUGUGACAAAAAAGAAAAAGAAGGCAGAAGGCAAAUCCAAAAGUAGUCAGGAAGUGCCAAAAGGUGAUAGCAAAGUAGAGGAGACUAAAAAACAAAAUACUUGCAUGAAAAAAAGUACAAAGAAGAAAAGUCUGAAGAACAAGUCAGGUAAAAAAAGCAGCAAGCCUGCUCAGAAGGAGGCUGCUCAGAAGGGGCCUGCUCGGAUGGUGCCCUCUCCUCCCGAGGGGCCUGCUCAGAUGGCCCCUUCUUCUUCCAAGGGGCCGUCUCAGAUGGAGCCUUCUCCAUCUGGGGGUCCCAUUGAGAUGGAGCCUUCUCCCCCUGGGGGGCCUGCUCAGAUGGAGCCUUCUCCUCCCGGGGGGCCUGCUCAGAUGGCCCCUUCCCCUUCCAAAAGGGCUUCUCAGAUGGCGCCUUCUCCUUCCAAGGGGUCUUCUCAGAUGGCGCCUCCUCCUUCCAAGGGGUCUUCUCAGAUGACGCCUCCUUCCAAGGGGUCUUCUCAGAUGACGCCUCCUCCUUCCAAGGGGUCUUCUCAGGUGGCGCCUCCUCCUUCCAAGGGCUCUUCUCAGAUGGCGCCUCCUCCUUCCAAGGGGUCUUCUCAGAUAGCGCCUCCUCCUUCCAAGGGGUCUUCUCAGAUGGCGCCUUCUCCUUCCAAGGGGUCUUCUCAGAUGGUGCCUUCUCCUUCCAAGGGGUCUUUUCAGAUGGUGCCUUCUCCUCCCGGGGGCCAUGCUCAGCUAGAGCUGCCCCCUGCCAUGGAGUCUGCUCAGAUGGAGGUUGGUCAGGUGGAGCCGCCGCCUCCAAUGGCGCCUGCUCACAUAGGACCUGCUCAGAUGGAGCCACCACCUCCCCCUGGGGGGCCCACUCAGAUGGAGGUUCAGAGGGAGCCUCCUCCUCCCACAGAGCCACCUCUUCACAUGGAACCAAGUCCCAAAAAGUCUCCUCGGAAAGAUAAUAAAAAGGAAAAGCCCAACACGCAGAGUGAAGUGGUACGGAAGGAGCAAGUCCUCAUUGAAGUUGGCUUAGUUCCUGUCAAAGACAGCCAGCUUCCGAAGGAGAGUGCAGGUACGCGGGAUCUCUCUGCACCAUCACCACCGCCGCCAAAGGAAAACUUAAAAGAAGAGGAGUCAAAAGACCAAAAAUCAUUCACUGAAGGUGAAGGAAGUAAAGAAGCCCCUCUUCAAAAGGUAGAAGAGGCAGGGAAGAGUCUAGCUGGUCUUGCUGCUAUUAACAAGGAAUCUGCCAAUAUUUCAUCCUCUCAGCAAAACUGGACUAUGGCGGAGGGUGAAAUGUUAGAUGCUAAGUGUCUGGAUGACACUGAGCUUCGUGAAAUGGAAAUAGACACUGAUGAGAACAAAACAGAGAACCCCCCUGGCAAAGAGCCAGCAGUUGAAGAACCUGUUUCACCAGUGCUGCUUCCCCUGCCAAUAGAAAAUCACGAAGCAGUGUCCAAAACUGCUGUGACAUCACCUUCUGUCACCAUGGCAGUAAAUGAGUCUCAGGAAAUGGAUGAAGACGAAGGCAUCCAUAGUCAUGAUGGAAGUGAUCUAAGUGACAACAUGUCAGAGGGUAGCGAUGACUCUGGAUUAAAUGGGGCCCGGCCAGUGCCACAAGAAACCAGCAGGAAAAAUGCAAAGGAAGCCUUGGCAGUCAAAGUGGCUGAGGGAGAUUUUGUUUGUAUCUUCUGUGAUCGCUCUUUUAGAAAGGAAAAAGAUUACAGCAAGCACCUCAAUCGCCAUUUGGUUAAUGUCUACUUCCUUGAAAAAGCAGCUAAAGGGCAGGAGUAAUUUAGGAUAAGGCUUCACUUCUUAGUUUAUAAGAUCUAUUACAUUUAAUAUUCAUUUGUAGUUGUAGACAACCUUUUAUUUUUUUAAAUUGCUUUAAUUAGUGUCCGAUGUUGAUUUUUAAGUGGCACUCUUUUCCUUAGGACUCUAUAUACCUAUUGAUGGAUAAAUUUUAGCAAAUCCAAGGAAGGUAGUGUACUAAACCAGCAGACACCUAAAUCUGUUAGUUUAUACAUUUAAUUGAAAUGAGAAGGCCAAGGUGGUACUGUAGCAUUCUGUUGCUUUGUCUGACUAUAACUUGUCACUUUUCUUGCCAUGUCUGUCUUCUUGUUUCACUUUAGUUUUUUUUCUUAGUUCUUUGUUUAGUUCUAUAAAAAUUGGCAUACUUAAAUAGCAAAUUACUUGAAGAAUUUGCCUGCUUUAUAUAAAGUUAGCACUUUAAAAUUUUUUUAGAGAUGAGGAGAGACAUUUAAAUUGAAGAAAAAUUUUCCCAACAGUGGACAUUGUAUCAGUCCAGGUAUUUACUUCCUGAGUUUUGAUCAAUAUUUCUUACUUGUAUAUGUUAAUCAUCAUAAAAACAAUUGAUUUUGGUGUGUUUUUUUGUUGUUGUUGUUGUUGUUGGUUUUGGGUUUUUUAUUCGUGGUUUUUUUUUUUUUUUUUUUUUUUUUUUUGGUGCUUUAAUGGCUUAAGAUGUUGCACAUUGUUUUGUUUUUUUUUAACCUAUGCAGUUCAAUUUUUUUCUAGAAAUAGUAUUUGUUGAACAGUAACACUUUAUACAUAUAUAUGCAUGUUUAUUUUUACCUCUUUGGAGGGAUGCUUUUAGUCUUGUUUGCAAAAGGGCAGUUUUCUUUUUCCUUUGCUGCAGUUGUCUUUUUUGCAGAAUAUUAGUGUGUGCAAAUUUGUGAGCAAAUGAAACAUGCAGGUUCAAUCCAUUGAUUUUGAAUUUCACAUCUUAUAUCUAUGUCGGAAUCUGUAUUUCACAUAAGUUAUUUAUUUUAAAUGGAUGUAGUGAGUUCACAGCUCUCAUAUUGACCUUUACAAUAAACAAAACCACUAGGCUCUUUAUUAAAUGGAUUUUAAUCUCAGAUACCAACCAUAAGUAAAAAUUUUUGGCUUGUUUUAAUACAACUACUUCCUAGAUGUACAGUGUUAAGUCAUAUAUUUGAGGAAGACCUUUUUACAUAGAUGGUUGGUGUCCAUAUGGCUCCUCAGCUGAAUAAAGAACUGUAAGAGAUGUUUGGAAACUGCAGACCUGGAAUUAGGAGACAUAAUUACUCCUUCAAGGUAUACUGAAUAUCAGUUGUGAGAUUCCAAAGCCAUAGCAAUGAUACAGCAAACCUAGGUUGAGAGAGGUAGUAUGAGUGCUGGUAGACCAGCUGCUACUUACUUCCUAUGAAUACAGUGAAAAAGGCAGGUGAAACCUAAGUACAGUCCAGAUUUUAAAAAAAUCACACUUUCUCAGGGAUCUCCACAAACUAGUGGGUGUCCUGGCUGUCCCUGUGACAGCCGCUUUCUACAGGUGAGGCCUCAAAUGAAUUGCAGCUAUCCUGGUGUUCCUGUGGGGGCACUUAGUAUUAAGAAAGAGUGUUCUAAACUUUCUUGGUAGGUUCUUUGGCCAGUUGCCAAAGAGUACGAAAGAAUCCAACAGGAUUUUUCUUCCUGAUAGCAGUUAAUUCAUUUCAGUCAAAAGUAUGAUCCCAGUAGGGAAUCUUGAACAAUUCUGAUCCUCCCAUGUUCUGUUCUGAAAUAACCACUUUAUAUAUCAUUCAUUUUCUUUUAUCUGGCGAUCUCUUUGAGGCAGGUUUCAGAUUUUGGCAAUGCAACAUGAAAGAUUAGGGAAAGCAUUGAUGAAGUGUGGGUAGAAAACUUGUUAAAAAUCUGAGAGUGAAGUUUCAGUUAAAAGACAUUUGAACUUGGAAUUGACUGGGAGGCCAAAGAUUUAAAGAGAAGAUUCUCUCAAGAAAUGAGUAAGUUGUGUGUUAAUGGUGUGUGUUUUGUGUGCAUGAAUGGGAAUUUAUAAAUGAUGUUGAAUUCUAGAUGAAUUCAUGGCUCCGACAAUCAUUGUCAACAGAAGAUCAAGCUGCAAAUAUUUAUGUUUUAAAUCUUAAAUUAUAAAGCUAGUUAAAUCUUUCUAACAACUAGUUUUAAUGUUCAUGGGUACAUUUUAUGUAAGUUACUUUUACAUUCUGUAUGAAAAGACUCAUGUUAAGUACAGAUUGGAGAUUGGGAAUCAGUUUGGGGAAGAGGUUUUGUGGAUUGUUCAAUGCUACAAAAGAAAAAAAAUUAGACUUCUGGGGAAUUGGACUAAUUUUCUUGCCUAGUUUUUAAGACUAGAGUGCUAAAAACAAAAUAUGAAGGAAAUUAGAAUCCCUUGUUAUUAAAUUGAUCUGUGAAAACAUUGUUACUGGAAAUUGAGUGGGACUUGAGGCCUUUCUUCCAGAAAACAAGGACUUGAUUGUCAGGCCUAUAUUAGGUUCUGAACCUUAAUGCCAUGUAUUUGUACUUGUUAAAAUUGUUUCAAUGAAAAAUAUGUUAGUAAUAACUUCUGGUUUAGUUGGGAGUUCUUCCAUUUGAAAAAUGUGAUAUUUGCAUGGAACUGUUUGAAUCUUUGUUUUCUCAGUUUCCCCUCCACUGGAUAGAAUUGAAACUAGAAUUUUCCCUUUUGUUAAAGGAAUAAAAAGUGAAUAUGUUAUUUGUAAAUUGAUGUUUAGUAACUAGAGAUAAACUUGAAAUACUAGAAUACAUUAUAAGCCUAAUCCUAGGUAGUCUUAUGAAAGUCUCUCUUCUGUCUUCUGAACCUAUAUUCACAUUGAUCUUCAAGAUAUAUUAAGUUAUAUUUUUUCCUCUUUUCAGAGCUGCUUUGGGGCUACGUUUUUUUUUUUUUUUUUUUUUUUUAAUUGAGGUGUUAUUUGUAAGGGGCUACAUUUCUGAUAAGGCUUCUUAUAAUUGGCUGGAUGUUUUGUUCUAGUCUUCCAAGAAGGGCCAUUUUAUUUUUUAGAGUCACUUCUAAAGUCAUGUGGUCUUUAACUCUGGGGACUGUUUUGCAUUUAAGUGCUAAUGCAAAUAAAUUUAAGCCCAGGUAGACCUCAUCACAUGUCACCCCAUGAAUGUUGACAAUGGAAGGAAUACCUUGCCUGUAGUAUAAUAUCAGUUCUGGACUGAAAAGCUGGGGAAGAAACUUUUUUUGCAUAAACCAGAAGAAACAGCUAAUCUGUGCAGUUUCCUUGCUGACCUCAGCAGAUGAACUGAGCUGAUAGUGUUAAUUCAGAUUCGAUAAAUUAUCUGAAUCUUGGUUUCUGUAGACUUGCAAUCUACAUGCAAUUUUUACUAAGAUAGCUUUUACAUUUUCACUUGUGUACAUAGGCUCCCCACCCUUUUCAGCAUCCAUUAGUUAAUUGAUCUUUGUAAACUGGCAUUGAAACAUUACAACAAUGUUUCGUUGCACCAGUUUUAUAAACUUACAGUGCAAUACGUGUUGUUUUUCCGAGACAAACCAAAGGUUAAUAUCUCAAGGUUCUUGCUGCCUGCUUUAGCAGCAUUUGAUGGGAGGAUCUUUUAUAUACAUUUGUAAUAGAUGAAAAAUAAACCAGAUUGCAAAUAAUUUUUUUUUUUUUUAAAGCUUAAACCAUGUACCAAGUCUUUGGUCCAAAUUGUGUAGGAUAAGUUAAGCUUAAAUGGCAUUCUAUUAACCAGUAUGAGUGUAUUUCUGUAAGCAUAGUUAUGUUGAAAUAAAGUUUUAAAAAGCC